GUCGCUGGAUUCACCCCCGCCCGCGCCCUCGCGACUCCACACAGCUCCCCAUCUCCCUCGCACCGCACGCCGCACGCGACACACAGCGCCAAUUCGCCCUGGAGCCUGCGCGCCCUGCCCAACCUCACCUCGGUCCCGCCGCACGAGCCGUCUUGUGACGACAUCACCGCCGUCAGCCACCCUCGGGCGACGGGCCAAUUCGCACCCUCAGUGCGCCGCGAGCUGCCGCCUGGCACCGUCCAGCAUCCACCAGAAGAGGCCCCUCCGUGCGUCUGCCAUGGGCUGCUCACGCCCUGCCGUCCCCCGAGUGCGCGUCCGACAGGCCUGCUCCCACGGCCGCUCCACCUCCUGCUGAGACGGGCUCCCUGGAUGGCGGCAUGCGCCCGGUGACAGACAUGCUCGGCCAGUUCUUCAGCGGCCGCAAAGCCGCCGCCGCCCACCCGUCACCGGCCACCACGCUCGAUUCUGCCACCGAAGAGUCCCACACGCGACACCUGCUCUAUCCCGAAUCGAACACCCUCUACCACCCCGAAGGACAGCCAUACCCGCUGCAUGGCGCCUCGCUCCUGCUGGGGAGCGGCCAUGACGGGCCUCUGCCGGAGAUCGACCUCGAGUUCCCCCGGGACUGCCGCAUCAUCAUCGCCCAGGACGAGACCGCCUCGAUGCCCAAGACCAUACUCUUCGACUCGAAGCCGGGCCCGCCGCGCGCAGAGUCGCCCACGCAGAGCACGCGGGCGAGGGCCUUUGGCGGUGUCGCCAGCGCCAGCACGGCGGGCCCUACCUUCGGAGGCCUGCAUGCCCGCCGCUCGUCCCUCGUCACCGAGUCGACAACACCACGCUCUCCCACCGUGGGCGGCUUUGCGCGCUCCCGCACCCGCGGCAACUCCAUCUCCUCCAUGCCGAACAUCGACGAGCACUCGCAGGCUCUGGCCAAGGGCCAGUCUAAAGCAAGGGAUUCAACCGACCUGCUCAACAUAUGCUUGGACUGCAUGUUCGGAAACACGCCCAUGAACUACAGGGGCAACUCCAACAAGAUCCACAUUGUGCCGCUGGACCCUAAACCAGCCGAGUCUGCUGUCUUGUCACCAAAUCUGCAAGACGCUACCAACUCCCUAGGCAGAGCGGACGGUCUGCGAAGAAGGAGCCAUCUAGCCAAAUCCUACACUCCAGGGAACCCACCACCCGAGCUACCGCCCCCCGAUGCUGGCAGCAGUACUUCAAAGGAGCCCCGCAGACGUACCAUCUUCAUUACACGCAUGUUCUCCGUCACGAUCCCAGACGAUGACCAGGACACAUCAAACGUCCCCACACCUACGCCCCAGAACUCCCUCGGGAACGGCAAUGGAUUCCCCUUCCCUCGUACCGGCGCCAAAGGCGGAGCCCCGAGAAUGCCGCCUUCUCGCAAAAACAGGCGCGCCGGAUGGGCUUUUAUUGAUUCCAACUUUGGUGUCGAGUCACUCCUCUCCACCUCGCUAAGCAGCGACGUCGACGACCGCGUAGAUGUAGUCGGCCAGCACUGGGAUGUCAUCAUGCGGGCUCUGACCAGCCUUCAGUUCGUCGUCCAGGAACGUAUUCUGGCUUCUUUCAAGAAGGCAGAGAUAGCUUCUCCACCGGUGCUGCCGCAACCCCGCACACAACCGUCUCGCUCGAGCAUGAGAGAGACUCCCCUCCCGCCAAUACGCCGAGCGCUGAGGCUGCAGCCGCACGCCCUCAUGUUCGACCAAGAAAUCAAGAAGGCGGUGGAGCUUGCAGGAAACCGCAUCGUGAGCGGCAUGCGGAUUCCUCGGGUACUGACGGGCCAAGGCAAAUGGGGCGUGUGGCGCGAAGAAGCAAGAUGGCUCGGCAGAUGGGCCGGCAGGCGAGAGGAGAAUUUCUUCUUCUUCAACCUACUCACGGCCUUUCUGGGAAACCACACUGAAUGGCUCAACCUGCUCGGUCCAAAAUGGCAUCGCAAGCGCCACCGAGAACAGCAGAAGUCCAGUGCUGGCGAGAACCUGAUCAUCUCCAACCGCACUGUCAUUGUGUCCCCAGACAAGAUGGCGGCACGACGGUUGAUCUUCCUGCUGGCUGCAUUCUUGCCACCAAACACUUCUACUGUAUACGACGGAGCUUCUCCCAUGCGGCCGAGCACUUCUGCGUCUCUCCGCGCAUACUCGCAGUCCCCUCCAACUAAUAUGCCGCCGUCAAGGAGGCAUUCCCUGCGCCGUCACAUCAAUCGACGUCCCCGAGGCAAGCAGAGUAUGACAAACAUGCGUCUACAGCCUCCGGCAACGAAUGGUGCCAGCCUCUCCACGCUAGAGUCAGCAAACACGCGCUCCGACUCUGGCGUUGCUGAAUUCCAUGAAGCACCCAGACACUCACGGCGCUCGUCUGCUCACUCUAUACGCACUAGCUUGGUAAUCCCGUCCAUGUCCGAUAGUGUUGCUACCUCGAAGGGCAGCACUGCUACUGUGGCAACUGCUACCCCUCAAAACGCCGUCCCGGUUGCGCACUUCACUCUCCCUCGAACCAAAUCCUCCGGGCCAUCGCCCGAGGAUAGGCCUGAGAGCAGUGAUAGCUUAGCAUCCGCGAACUUAAUGCACACUCUGCAACGGAGCGGUACUGGCCACACCAGCAAUCCUAGUACAGAUUCAGGGAACUCAAGCCGCUGGAGUGGCUUCAUGAACUUCUGGAGCGGACGCCGUGGGUCUUCAACCGACCACAGUGACUACUUGCAGAGCACAGACGACGGUCUGGGCAUCGCUGGCUCAGCCUAUCGAGGCACAGACCGUCCACGCUCCCAACUGGAGCAGAUGGUGCAGGAUCUCUCCAUGGAUGGGGUAUUCGGCGAUGCCGAUGUAUAUGAACCUUCUACAAGUAAUGCAAGUACCGCUACGGAGAACUCUCCUGAGACUUUUCCGCUGGGUACCAGCGGGGUCACACCGUCCGCUGCACGGCCAAUACCCGAACGGCCGAAGACGUUCGACUCUACCCUAAAGCUCUCGGUGAACGAGAAGGACGGCGUCAUCGACGUCGAUAUUUCGCUCCCCGACUUUGGCUCGCCUCUGCAGUCCCCGUUGCUUGGAGGCUAUGCUUCGGCUUCCAGCCAGCAUGGCUCUAGCUACGGCGAGUCGUCUGUGUUAUCGAUGCCUUGCGUCGAACCUGAGCAACCUGUCAAUGCUGCUGGCUGGUUGAAGCAGUUCCACCCAGACUUCGCAGUGCAAGCCAUCAAACCUUACGCUGAGCUUGAGCGUGACAUUAAGUGGGCCAUGAGCGCCGAACCAACGCCCAUAACCUCCGCUGCGACACCAACACUUGAACAAGGUCCGCUCGAGCGUUGGGUUGAUGUCUGCUCAGCUCUGGUUGCAGACACACGCACUUUCAGCAUCAAGCGCCUCCGCUUGCGGCGGCUCGUGAGACUCAUUCCGAUACCGACAUACCAGGCGUCGGCCAUGACCCCAGGAAUCGCUGGGAUGCCUCCUGGGCGCUCGCAGUAUGGCAAUCCGUAUACGGCUGGGUCGGUCGCCCCGAUGAUGACCGAAGUGCAUCUCGACGAGAAGUUCUAUGAAGAGCAGAUCAUGGACUUCGAUGCGACUUUGAUCGAUGCUGUGGAUCGCGUGCUGGCGCAGUCUGGCCAAGCUUCUCGUGUUCAAUCCGCCAGCUCGUCACGAUCCAGCUCUAGGCGGGGAAGGCGCGACACCCGCUCUGGGUCUGACGCUGGUCACCAUAUGGAAGUCGCGCAAACCGACUGUAAGGCCGUUAUCUUUGACGCGUUGGAGUCGGUCGUCAAGAACGUGACGGCGGAGCGCAACCGUAAAGACGAGUCGAAAGAAGAGACCAGGGGCGAGAAUAAAGCGAUCCAAGAAGUUGCAAAACCCGCGACGGAUUCUUCUUUACGGGAGGGGAUCCGCCGCUGGCUUACCGAAGUCGAGUGA